AGUUUUUCAUCACUGACUUGUUUUUCAACCACAGCCUCUCGUGCUGCUCUUGUUUAGCCAAUGUUUCCCUUCAAGCGAAACAAAUCACGUUUUAAAUAGCUGCGUUUAAAGCUUCAUCGACGAAUUGUACAAAUAUAAUCUUAAAGGAUGCCCAAAAAUGGUUAAAGUCGAGUCGUUCUUCCGGUUCGCUUCCGGUUUCCACGUCUUGCGUUUUGGCAUGAACACGUUUACAGCUUGCAGUUAUUUCUGAUCAAAUCUAGACAACUUCUCGAGUCCUCACACAUAUCUGAACGGUUAAGCGAUCAGUUAGUUACUUGGUCGAUCCGUUAAUAUAAGUCUUGUUUUAUCUAAUGUUGAGGGGAUAUUCCUGCGGUCGUUUAGUGUAAAUAUGCCGAGUUUGAGACGCUGAUAAUGGAGAGAGAUUUACUCAGACAGUCCGUGUCGUAUCAUGGAGAAAACCUGCUGUUACUGUUAAAAUGUGAGCAAAGUGAAAACCCAGACUUCAAAUGUGUGGCUGCUGAUCUCUCUAAAACCCUUAGUCAGAGGGAUGUAGAAGAGGUGAGUCCUGUUCUGGAGCAGUUCAUAGCAAGGAAAGCUGAUCUUCUGUUUGCUCCAUCGUGGAAGACGUCUGUGCCAGCAGAUGAAUGGCAGGAGGAAACUGGAGAGGCGUACGCCAUCAUGCCUCCGCUGGAGCAGUUCAUGGAGGUGUGUUUUGAGGAGAGACGGGAGCUCUUCUACAGGGACGUGGAGCGUGGAGACGUGGUUAUCGGAAGGAUCAAUUCAGUGCGAGACUUCGGCUUAUUUGUAACUCUUCUCUGCACUGCUGGAGGACUGGAACGAGAUAUUGAGGACCUGGAGAUAAAGGCCCUCUGUCCAUUAAGAGAUGUACCUUCAACUGGAAUUCACGAUGAUCCUUUGUCUUAUUACCAAAUUGGGGAUUUGAUUCAAGCUGGGGUGAAGGACAUUGACCGCUACCACGAGAAGCUGACAUUAUCACUGUUUUCAUCCUCACUGCCUCCUCACUUGGAUAAAGUUAAGCUGGGUGUCAUAAGCAAAGAAGAUCUUCCUCUUCAUUAUACCCGGGGUGAAAAGGUGGCCGCAGACAGCAGCGAGACGUAUGAGAAGCUUUUGGAGAGAUCUCUUGGUUUGUCCAACCCUUUAAAUGUGGACUACCUCCUGGGAAAGCUGGGUAUAAGUGACACACAAACACCUUCACUAAUGAGGGGCUUGCAGAGUAAACACUUCAAAGAAGAUGAUUUUGCAACAGCUAUUCGGAAGAAACAGUCUGUAUCCUGGGCCUUGAAAUGUGUUAAAGUUGGCGUUGAGCGUUUCAAAUCGGGCCGUCAUGUAGAAGCAAUGAAUGAGUACAACAAGGCCUUAGAGAUCGACACAAACAACGUGGAAGCUCUUGUAGCACGUGGAGCUCUAUAUGCAACCAAAGGAAGCUUAAUGAAAGCUAUUGAGGACUUUGAACUGGCCUUGGAGAACUGUCCCACGCACAGAAACGCCAAAAAAUACCUCUGCCAGACACUAGUGGAAAGAGGAGGACAACUCGAAGAGGAAGAAAAGUUGGUGACUGCUGAGGGUCUCUACAAAAGAGCUAUCGUAUUAGAUAACACGUUUCAAGAGGCAGCAGAAGCUCUGGAGAAACUUCAGAUACAUAUCCAGAAAUCGCUUAAAUUGAAAGAGCAGGAAGCUGCAAAAGAGCAGGAAAACACUAAGACUGUGGAGACGAGUGCAGAGAAAUUGCGUAAGAUCCUAAAAGAAGAGAAAAGAAUGAAGAAGAAAAGGAAGCGGUCGACCUCUUCCUCUACAUCCUCCGAUACGUCCUCAACUUCAAGUGACGACUCUUCUUCAACCAGUCGUAAAAAGUCGAAGAAACGGAAACGCAAACGCCGCCGCUCGUCUCACGGCAGUAAGAAACACAAGCGGAGAGUGUCGUCUUGUAGCGAUAAAACGGCAGAAGACGACAAAGAGUGGUUUCCCGCUCCUGCUAACACCUUUGCUUCCUACAUUGACCAGAAGCAAUCCAUAAGCAAACUCAUCAGCGAAGGAGAACAGUCUUGGGAAAAAAGCCGAUGUGAAGAUGGCAGAGGUAGGUUAGAUGAUGCAAUUGAAAGAAGUCUGGAGAACCUCAAACAUGGAGCCCAGUCUGAAGCAUCUAGACUGGGACGUCCCGAUGUGAACGGCGAGGUUCGAGAUCGACACAGGACUCAGAGCACCUCUGAAUGUGCCAGAAACAGGAGGGAUUCAUCCUCCUCAACCCAGUCCGAAUAUUCCCAAAAAUCUGAUCGGUACUCUAAGGAAUUUUCUGCGCAAGGCAGAAAACAUAGUGAAUCAGAAAGAGGCGGGAAUGAGAAGAUGGAUAGAGGAGAGAGAAGUAGUCGUGAUCAAAAUGAUGGCAGGAAAUCUGGUGGAUCCCAGAAAAAAGAAAUCCCUUCCAAUUUGUUGGACAUUUUCAGUCGAAUCGCUGAAUUUGAGAAGGAAAAGAAGCUGAAAAAAUAAAGUAGUUACUCUUUAGGGCUCUCAGGAGUAACACUUGUUGUGCUUUCAAUACUGGAACUAGCAGGUUUAACUCUCCAGUAUAGUAAUUGAAAUAAUUGAUAGUUUACGAAAAGUUGAUCAGAAAUGUUUAUUUUAAUCAUUUCAUGUUAGAUUUAUUUUUUUUUUGCUUUUGGGGGGGAAGCAGUCUGCCUUUAAAAACUUCUACAAGACUGAGCAGUGGCCAAAAUGUGAUGGAAAUGAUGCCUCAGUAUUAUAAAUUGCAUUCAGUAUAAUAUCAGUGUUCGAAUAAACGAAUGUAAUGGUCAAAAAAUU